AUGUCUGUUUCUUGUUCUUCGUCUCUUGUAACGAGCCCCGUCAACGUGGGUGGGGCUGCGCCAAAUGCGCUCUAUUCUCAAGGUCUUGUGGUUGGUGGUAUGGUCUAUCUCUCUGGAGUCACAGGAGUCAAUCCCGUAACCGGAAGUCUUGUAGAAGGAACAGUGGAAGCUCGCACCACUCAAAUAUUUGAGAAUAUAUCCCGCAUCCUAGAGACAGCUGGAAGCCACAUAGACAAGACUGUCAAAUUAAGCAUCUUCCUGAUUAGCAUGUCAGAUUACACCCUGAUGAACAAAGCCUAUUCCAAAGUGUUCAGCCAGGGGGUUAAGCCGGUAUGUUUCACUGAAAUUACUGCCAACUCCCUUCCUAAAGAUCAGUUCUAG